GAGCCGGGGAGCUGGAGCGCGGCCCCAGCCUGGGGGCCAUCGGUGAGCCGCGGGCAGAGGAGGAGGAGGAUGAGGAUGAGGAUGAGGAUGAGGAUGAGGAUGAGGAUGAGGAUGGUGCCUUGGAGACGGACGAGAGCUGCCCCCCAGAGGAGGUGCCGGAGGCCACUGAGCCCCAGCCCAGCCCCCCCGCCCCGGCCGUGGAGGGGACCCCGGUGUCACAGCCCGGGCUGCAGGGUGACAUCCCGGCGAGGGAGCAGCCAGGUGAGCGGGGUGGGGUCGGGGCUGUGGGGGUCUGGGAGCUGCAGGGGGGUGCUGACCCCUCUUUGUAUUUCCAGAGAGCAGAGACCCCCCAGAGGGAUCAGACCCCCGCAGACCCACUGCCCCCACAGAACGGCCACAGCCCCCCAAGCCUGCUGAGCACCAGCUCCUCUGUGUCCAGCCUCAGCUCCUCCACGCUGAGCGGGAGCCUGCUGAGCCUGUACAGCGAGGCCGAGCUGGGCCGCGUGGCCGUGCGCGGCUGCGUGCAGUUCUCGCUGCGCUACCACGCGGCCCAGCAGGAGCUGCAGGUGCACGUCCUGCGCUGCCGGCAGCUGGCCGAGGCCAAGAAGCAGCGCUCGGACCCGUACAUCAAGACCUACCUGCUGCCCGACAAGUCCAACCGCAGCAAGCGCAAGACCGCCGUGAGGAAGAGGAGCUUGGAUCCCGUCUUCAACGAGACCCUCAAGUACAAGCUGGAGAAGAGGGACCUGCAGGGCCGGACCCUGAACCUGUCCGUGUGGCACCACGACAGCCUGGGCAGGAACCUCUUCCUGGGGGAGGUGGAGGUGGCCCUGGGCACCUGGGACUGGGCCAACACGCGGCCCGAGUGGUUCAGCCUGCAGCCACGGACGCCCGUGCCCUCGGACGGCCUCGCCAGCCGCGGCAGCCUCAACCUGGCGCUCAAGUUCAUCCCCGGCGGCUCGGAAGGAGGGGGGAUGCCACCCACGGGCGAGCUGCACAUCUGGGUGAAGGACACUCAGAGCCUCGUCCCGCUGCACGGCGGCACCGUGGACGCCUUCGUGCAGUGCUACGUGCUGCCGGACGACAGCAAGGCGAGCCGGCAGAAGACGCGGGUGGUGCGGAGGAGCCUGAGCCCCCUGUUCAACCACACCAUGGUGUACGACGGCUUCCAGGCCAGGGACCUGGCCGAGGCCUGCGCCGAGUUCACCCUCUGGCACCGCGAGGCCUUCGCCAAGCGCCAGCUGGGCGGCAUCCGCCUCAGCCUGGGCACCGGGAGCAGCUACGGGCUGCCCGUGGGCUGGAUGGACUCCACGGCCGAGGAGCAGCGCGUGUGGAAGCAGCUGCUGGAGCAGCCCCGGCGCUGGGUGGAGGCGCUGCUGCCCCUGCGGACCAACCUGGCCCCCCGGGCGUAGCCCCCAGGGCAGCUGUGCCACAGCUGUGCCACCCGCGGGGUCACUGUGUCACACACGCACACCCGUGUGUGCCCUCCCUUCCGGCAGCAAUGAAGUGGCACCCGAGGGCACAUCUGGCAGAUUUUAUUGCUGCUGGCUGUUCGUUGCCCUGGCCAGCACACCCUGACCUCUCCCUCGGCUGUGGGGCUGGAGCUGCUGCUCCCAGUGUGGGGCCGUGCCCUCCAUCCCCGGGGGUGGCCCUGGCACAGCCUGGGGCUGGGGGGCACUGAUGCCCCUUUUUUUUGGAGGGGUACCCCUCACUGGGCUGCCCUGUCCCCGGGACACCCACACUGGGAGGACUGGGCCGCCCACCAGCCCCACCCUGGGGGCAGAGCACCAAACCCCCGAUGGUUUUCUGCAGCCAGGAGGUCCCAGUUCAGCCCCACUGCUGGGGCUGCGGGUGACAGCAGCUGUGACAGG